AUGCGGGCGCAGACUUGGCCAGAGGCAGCGGCGACGUUGGCGGUGGCGCGGGUCGUGCAGGGGCGGCUGCCGAGGGAGAUCGUGACGUGGAUGCUGACGGUAACGUAUUCGCGCGCGCGGGAUAUGUUCGACGUGAAAGGCGCCGAUGGCAGCCUGCCGUCUUCAUGCAGGUUGUCGCUGGAGUCAAGGAUUGGCAAUGCCAUGAUCGAGGUUAUCCAGGAGGCCAUCCGCGAGGAAGUGCCCGACUUGCUGCGGUGGGCCGAGUGGGGCCAGGCCGAGCCGGCGGAGGUCUUCCUGCCGAAUGGGGGCUCUGUCGAGGUCGACCGCGGAGCUGAGCAGGGCGAUCCCUUCGGGUCCACGCGCUGCGGGGCGACGCUUAGGCGACGUGUCAGCGAGGCUAGGGUCGCGCUCGCCGGCGCCGUUCAAGUCUGGGAUUGCUGGUUUGCCGGCGACGGCCAGGUGUUCUGCCGCAGAGCUGCUGCGGACCGGGUGUUCGCUGUGCUGGGCGCGGCAGCGGCCCGCUGCGGCAUUGCGCGGGCCACUGGGGUCGACGCGAAGACGACGGUCAAGCUGAUGUGCCGCCCGAGCUUCGUGGCAGAGCUAUGCGAUGCAUGGGCCGCGUUGAACACUGCAAACGCGUGCAAAAUCCUUCCGCCCAGCGCCGGUGCGGAGAUGCUGGGCCCCCCGAUCGGCGACGCCGAUUUUGUCGGCGCCUUUGUCCGGGAGAUGACCCACGAGGUGGGGCAGUUGCACGCCGCCCUGCGGGAGCUGGAGCGGCCGGCAGCCGAGCUGGUGCUCGGGCGGUGCUGCGCGGACGUGGCCAAGAUCUCGCACUUCCUGCGCACUGUCGGCGACGUCGUCCCAGAUGAGGUCACGGCCGCCUUCGACCUUCAACAGCGCGCCUUCGUGGAGGAGGCUCUGAGCGGCCACGUCAGCGAAGAGAAGAGCGCCCAGGCCCUCGCGCGCCUCGCCUUCGUGGCGUCGCGCCGCUUCGUGGAGGACUUGCGGCGCCUCGAUGGUCUCCGGGACUUGGUCAACAGAGCCAUGGCGCGUUACGAUCGCCAAACGCAAGAAGCGCAACGGGCGGUCGAGGCCGGGCUCUUGGACGAGCAUGUGCGAGAGGUGCGCGAGCUUUGCCGGGGCGCCGACGCGGCGGCCCUCGCCUCCUUCGCCCAGGUGUCCGGCGGACAGGCGAGUCAUAAUGGCGGCGCUGCAGUGCCCGAGGGGGCCGCGGCCGGCACGGUGGACGAGGACUGCGCGGCGCUGCGUGGAGGUCCCCACCAACUGCAGCGGCGUAUGGCUGUGGUCUGCGACUGCCAGCGGCUGGGCGACUUGUGCGGCAGGUUCGCAGCGCAGGGCAAGUGGGAGAACCUGCGACGCCUCAAGGAGCUCGGGGGCCCCGCCGCCAAUGCGGACUGGAUGUGGCGCCCGACCGAGAAACACGGGCCCGUGGUCCAGGCCGAGAUGUACGCCAUCGCUCUCCAGGCGCGGCUCGGCGCCAUCAUCGUCGAGAAAGCAACGGUCUGCCGCGGCUGCGGCGCGGCCAUCCUCGACCAGCAGGCUUGCCGCGCCUCGUGCUGCACCCGGGCCGAGGCCACGCGAGGACACAAGGAGAUGCGAGAUGCAGUCUUCGUGCUGGCGCAAUCGGCCGACGCAUCGGCCGAGACCGAGGUGGAGGGGCACUGCCCUGACGCGCCGACGCUCCGGCCAGCCGACAUCUACGCGUUGUCGUCGCAGACUGGCUUGAGAUCUACCAUCGACAUCGGCGUGGCGCCCCCGCGUUCCCAGUAUGCGGGCGAAGACUGCUGCGAAGCGAUGGGGCAGCGGAAGUUGGACUCUUGCGGAGCGCACCUGCAAGCCCUCCAAGACUCGGGGAUCCUGUGCAUCCCCGCUGUGUGCUCCACCUUCGGGCGGAAGCACCCGGCGACUACCCGAGUCCUCGAGACGCUCGCGAGGCGAGCUGCGCGGACGCAUGGUCUUCGCGACUACAAAUGUCUCGUGCGCGCAGCGCGGGCGAACAUUGGCGCUGCAUUGGCACGACGCCAG